AAUGCAGUUGCGAAACCGUUCCAUCUUGCCAGAAAAUUCGAAAGUCUCAUAGACAUCGACGCCAUUGCACUGGCAGAAGAGCAAGCUAUGAAGGAUAGACCACAUCUGCUCCAUACAAACGAUGUAAUGUUUAAUGUAACCUUCGUUAAUCACUAUAAAGCAGAUAUUGAUGGAUACUCUCAACCGUUUUCAAUGGUGGCCAAAUCACUUCUUUCCAUGUAUUCGGAAGAUGCGCAGUUUGUUUCUUUAUCCAGGAUUGAUGUUGUAAAAAUGCAUUCGUCUGCUCCUCAUCAGAUGGUCUUCACGAUACAGACUGAUUCCACUGACGUCCCAUUACAGUUACUGGUUGAGCGUAAGUCACUAUCUGAUGUACAUUCUCCAGCAAUUACAGACGGAUUCAAGCUCGAGGCUGUAAUUGCUGGCAUGGAUAUGGAUCAUAAGGAGGAGAUUUUCCGUGGUAUAACAGCCUAUGCUGAUCUGAACUCGUCUCCCACAGUUGCUGUGCGUUGGAGUCGUGUUACUGGUACAGUUACUUCUGUGAACGAAACCACGAAGACCAGCCCUUUUGUACGAUUCGUAUGGCGCGGUCCAAAUUUGAAGCCCGUCGCUACCCAGAAGCUCGAGCCCUAUGAUUCUAUUCGAGGAAUACAGUUCGCUACGCUGAAUUUGCAGAAAUUGAAUACUCCUAAUCUACAGGCUGGAAUGUGGAGCGUUGUCGUCCAGACAGAUGUCGAUGAAUCGCCUGAUGUUCUCGCUACGGUGUGGUUUCCGAUUUACUCGACAGAUAAUGCACAACUUUUCCACUCGCUAGUUCACGAAUUCUUCAUUUUGAAGGAUAACUGCAGCGUAACCUGCCAAUUAACCACGUGGAGCAUAUCGCAUCCUGACCCAAAGUCUGACAUUCUUAUAGUGUUGGCAAUUAUCAUUCAGUUGCAUUGUCCGGUAGAGAUGGAGCAGAAAGGUAUACGUUAUGUUUUGGCCCGACUACUCACCUGUGCUGAACGUGUGAUCCGUGGGGAUGUGACCGCCAUCAACGAGACCGCAACCAUCGUCGGUACAGUGAACGAGUCCAUGGUAGGCGACCUUCCUCCAGCAGAUUUAUGUGCUGCACAGAUGUCACCAGUUCUAUACGGACUUCUAUACGAUUCCCCGACUGUACAUGCGUCUGUGUUCGGUUUCAGCCGUUCGGGAGAAGUCAUUCCACUUCACGAUCAUCCUACUAUGCACGGAUUUGUGACGGUUCUGCGAGGAGCUCUUAAGCUUGAUAUUCGUGAUUUUGGCGAACCGUGCUUGUCAAAUUGUAUGAAUAAAGAGACGCUGACUGGCCCUGUUGUUCUUCAGUUAGUCAGAUACAGAAAUGUGUCACAACCGAGACUGAAAGAUGGUUUGCAUGGUAGUGAUGAUGUGGGACGGUUGUUUCUCAUCGAUGGCCACACGUCGAUUUCUGCUAUUCUGCUGGAUAACGUAAACGGAAUAAAUGCUGAUACACCUCCUGGCACGAAGUUACUGAUUUCUGGCAUGGUGAAUGUGGAGAAUGGUUUCCUCAUUUUAAACUCAUCGAAUGUAGAAGUUAUCGGGGGACGCGUAGAGAAGUUAAUCGAUAAAUGGAUGAUUGAGCGAGUUCAAGCUCCACUGAGACCUGAGAAGUCAUGUCUCUCGAAAGAAAUCAAGCCUUCCGUGCCUCCUAAUAGCCGAGACAUCCACCGUCGUCGUAAAGAGAACAACAGACGACGACGCGCUGGCGGUGAUGACGAAGAGAACUGUGCUUCUACACAGGACGCUAAGUCCUGUAACUAUGAAAGCAAACAUUCACGCCAUCAGCACAACACCCGUCCUGAUCAAAAAGAUCUUACCAGAAGAAAUCUACUCGAUGGGGAAUCGAACACCACUAAGCUGAGAAAGGAAGCGAAAAGAGAAUCUGGGCGCAUGCUCAAAGCUUGUGUAAUGAACCGUAAAAGUAAACAGGACUCCUGGGGUGAGAAGGCUCAACGCUUGUCUGGUAAUAUACGAACUUCAGUUCGAGCUCAAGCUUCGAAACAAAUGAAUCGUAGUUCUGUCUGCGAACGGUUCCAAACAGGAACAUCUGUGAAUGCCGGUACGUAUGGUGCUAAAUCACAGAUGAACGUAUCACUUGAGGGCGAUCCAACUCAAGAUGGAAUAAUUCAAAAUUUCUCAAAUAUGUCCAUUGCUAAUGGUGCAACAGGCGUUGUUCCAAAGAUGUUAUUCGCUUCAAAAGGUCACAAAGGUUCUUACAUGCGGAAAGUACGUGCAUGGAAACUUGGCGAUCAGUGCAACGCCCCCUGGAGUGACGGCCGGAUUGGUGUUCGACAACGAGGUUGCAAUGGUCUCACAUAUACAUUAGACUAUGCCAAGGAAAAAUCAAAGUUUGACGAAGAAGUAGAGCAGGAUGGUGUUCGGAUUUGGAUAGAGCCAAAGGCUCAACUUGGGCUUUUGGGUACCGAAAUGGAUUACGUAGCAGAUAGACUGAGCUGUGAAUUUGUUUUUCGAAAUCCAAAUAUCAAAGGCACCUGCGGCUGUGGGGAAUCAUUUAGUUUAUGA